AUGAUGAACAGAAUCCGGAAUUACGUCCGGACAUGCCAUGACUGCCAAACCAAAAAACUUGCACGAGUCAAGACAAAAUUUUCCAUGAAGAUAACGACUUCCGAGGAGAUCAACGCGGCACUGGACGCUCUACUGGGCGGUCUGGUGUCUAAACGCGACCCUGUGAAAUCUCUGCGGAAGGCAUACGCAGGAACACAGGUGGCUGUGGUCGCACUCCCGGAUGACCUGGCGGCCACAGCGCUUAAGCUCGGCCACAUACGGAUCGGCUGGGUGAACUGUCGCAUCCGUGGUCGCGAGGAGGCUGCGCGCUGCUACCGCUGCUGGAGUCCUGGUUACAUGGCCGCUCGCUGCAAGGGUCCCGACCGCACGGAGCUCUGCUAUCGGUGCGGCCAGAAGAGCUAUCAAGCAAAGGACUGCAAAGGCCAGACGGCGUGCGUCCUCUGCCAGGAGCGAGGAGCCGACGACGACCGUCACGCGUCCACAAGCUCCAGCUGCCCGCUAGCACGGAAGGUCACCCAAGCCCGCCGAUGA